AUGAGUGGUGUGGAGCGUGAGUUGGAUGUGGCCUUAAGUUUGGGCAGCAUCCACGCUUAUCCGAAGCAGCCAUGGGAAUCGAACAUCUUCUUGAGGCAAGUGUUUGGCGAUCCGACGCACUUAUCGUCUCCUGCUUUGCCCUCCUUGCGUAGCCUUGUUGUGCCUCCUCCUAGCAAACGUGCAAAGAUUGAAUCAUUGCCGGUGUGUCAGAAGAAGAUUGUGGUUCGUGAUGCUGUGUAUGACCAGACACAGCAGCACGCGGACGCAGAGAGAGCUUCUGCACUGAUGAAAUGGUGUGACAUCUUUAUGUUAGAUCCUGAGGCUACUCCACCGGGAAAAAUGCUCUUGCGAUGUGCAGGUUCAGGUGAGUCAGCCAUGCGAGUCAUGGAGGACCUUUUUAGGAAGAAGGCCACUUCGACAAUCAAGCAAAGAGUUGGAUCCUUGGGACUUUUCCUGGCAUGGUUCAAAGUGCAGAAGCCCAGUGACCCCUUCUUCCCCAUUGAUGAAGAAGCUCUUUACGAAUAUGCGUGCGACUGCAGGGAUCAUGGUAAGAGUGCUUCGCGUGUGGAGACUUUGCUGGGGACCUUGAAAUAUGUUGGAAAUGUUUUUCAGUUUCCAGGUGCUCUGGAGGCUGCUGCAUCUCCCAGAGUUGAAGGAGCAAGUCACGGCUUGUUCUUGACCAAAGCACCUCGAGCUAGGGCAAAGGAGUUGAGCCCGUCUAUGCUAUGCUGGCUUGAAGUAGCAUGCUUCGCCUUGCCCAGCACUUUCGACCGAGUGGUGGCAGGGCUUUGUAUGUUGUGUGCUAUGGGCAGAAUGAGGGCAUCCGACGCUAAUAGGCUUCGGCAUGCAUCCUUGAUCGGCCGCUACUAUGAAGGUGCCUUGAGCCGGACUAAGACGGCAAAGAGCAAGGAGAAAGCGACAUCCUUCUUGCCACUAGGCUGCCCUGCCUUUGGCCUCUUAGGCAGGAACUGGCUGCACGAAUUCCUGCUGUCCCGAAGUGAGCUGGGCUUGGAUGAAGUACCAAGCUUGGCAUCGAGGUCCAAUGAUGUCGGCUAUGUGCUGGUGCCGAGUGCUUCGUCUUUCGAAACAGGUGACAACCUCCCCUUGAAGUCGUCGGAGCUGUCGGACCGCUUGAGGGCUAUCUUGGGCCUGGGCUUCAGUCAGCAAGAUAUAGAGGGAAUCAGUAGUCACUCGCUGAAAGCCACUCUUCUUUCCUACAUGAAUGUCUGGGGAAGUACCUUCGAAGUGAAUGAGAUUUUAGGCUUCCAUGUCAACAAGGAGCAUGGUUCAGCCCUAAAUUAUACCAGAGACGCGUUGAGUCAUCCCAUCCGGCAGCUGGUGGGCAUGUUGGCAGACGUUCAUGAUGGCCGCUUUGUUCCUGAUGCCCCUCGUGAUCAUGUGUUUCCACAGGCCGAUAUGAUUCUGCCAAUGAACCAAGUGUUCGAACAGCAUGUUGGGAAAUCAGUGCCUGAAGUGGCAAGGAUCAUGAUGGGAGACAGGACGCGCUUCACUGUAGAGGAAGAUGCAAAGGCAAAUGACAGGCUUGGCAGGAUGUUGGUAUUAGCAGGCAUACCCAGGACAGGGCUGGUGGAGCAUCUCAGCUCGACUGAAGAGUAUGCCCUGUACCACCCCUCUGUGGGAGUCUGGAACGAAGAAACCCAGGCUGCAAGAAAAGCACAGACCAUUGACAGCUCCAGCUCCUCUAGUGAGGAAUCGGAUAGUGCAAGUGGCUCCUCAAGCGAGGAAGAAGAGCAAAGUCACGCUCUUUUAGCCUCAGUCACUGAGGCUAGUGGUACGAAAGCACCGUCAGGAAGUUGUGACACCAUGAGAGCUUUCAGGCAUUCAAGAACAAGGAUGCUUCAUUACGGUCACGUCUUGCACAGUGACAAGACAGGGUGUGGUCGGUUGUUGUCUGAGGCGUAUUACGCUCUCAAGCGCGCCGGGAAGUCCGGGGAAGAAGUGCGCAGAGAGAAGCAGGACCGUAGUGAACAGGUGUGCCUGGACACCUUUGGGAAGCUGGCAUAUGGAUGCAGCUAUGUGCCAGGACAAGCGGACGACCAGCCGCUUCUGACGCUUAUAGAGAGAGUGUGUGAAGCUGCGCCACCCCCAGAGGAACGUGUGCCAGUCAUUAGACGCCUUUUCUUCGAGAGCUACACAUUGGCCAAUGCAGACUUGAGGUCGAGAGUAGAUCGCAAGGAUGAUGAGCAACCUCGAAAACUUGCUCAAGCAGAGCGUGCAGCAAGGCACAAGGACCAACAGGUUCGUCUUGCUGGGUUGGAGCUGGUGGGGGAGUUAGAACCCUCACACUCCCUGGUAGAUUUGGUAUUCCACAUGCUGGAAGAAAACCAAUUGCGGUACAUCAGGUGGGAACAGUGCACAAAACGAGAUCAAGAGCUUCUUGGAAUUCGACAUGACCCUCUGUGGAAACCUGGUGCAGAUGGAGUUGUGCGAGAGGUCAGACAGAAGGAAGAAGCCCUUGCAGACACCAGUUCUGACUUGCACCUGAAGUACUGUUUGCAGCGCAGGAGUCUGGCGCUGGAUCAGGCUAGGAUCAUCGACUAUGAAAAGAUGGAGCGUUGGUCCAGGACUAUGCUGGAAGCUUACUCAGCACUUCCAAUCGAUGGCUACAAGAAGGUCAGUCUGGAUCAAAUCCAAAGGGCAGAUUUGGAACUCUUCAAAUUCCUCAUGAAGCACAGCAGGGAAGGAAUCCGUCCCAGUGGUGGUGUGGCCCCCCUUGAAGCUAUCCUGGAUCGUGCAAUCACUUCAGCGGAAAUUCGACUGCGCCUUGCUCCGUUGCCAGCAGGGUCAGGCAGUGGCAUCAAGCGAAAGCAUGAUGACUUGGAACCGGAGACCGCCAACAAAGCCAAGCACUCGCCGGAUGACAUUGCCAAGUUGAAACGCACCAUCGAGAACCUCACUGGGCAAGUUCGCAAUUUGAAAAGUCGUGGAUCGUCGAAACAGCCACCAACAGGCAAGGGAAACAAAGGCCUGGGUCGUGGAAGCAAAGGCAUGAUGGGUCGCUCUUACAAGUCUACGGUGAAAAUGCCCCCAGAGCUUGUUGGGCAAUCUCCCAUGACAGAUCAGGGAGAGCCUAUUUGCUACAGCUACAAUUUGGAUGGCUGUAACGAGGCGGCCCCUGGACAGCGCUGCCCACGAGGUUUUAGAGCAAUGGCAGUGGAUCAGAAGUCCAACAAGCAUAAACAGGCUUAUGCCACAGUGGCCUUAGACCUUGCUAGUGAAGAAGCGGUAAAAUUUUUGCUGUCACUUCUGAAGCAGCCGGGUCGAGUUUUCUAUGUGCAUGCUGCGCCUCCAUGUGGAACGUGUUCUCGGGCCAGGGAACGUCGUCUCAAGAGAGCAGUGCGUCGCCUUGGAGUGAAGGAGCCUUCCCCUUUGCGGAAUGCACAAUUCCCACAUGGUCUACCCACAUUGCAAGGCACUGACUUGAAGCGGGUCACCCUGGCCAACCGCAUCUAUGCCAACAUUGCAACAGUGUUGUCCCAAGCAAUCAUUGCCGGUGCCUACGUUUCUGUGGAGAACCCUACUCGUUCCUGGAUGUGGCAAACGAGUUGGAUGAAGCAGCUCAUUGAACGAUUCAACCUGCGUGCAGUGACUUUCCAACAAUGCAUGCAUGGGGGAAAGCGUGACAAGUGGUCUACGUUUUACACCAACGCGCCCUGGUUGACCUUCUUGGCUAUGGAAUGUGAUGGGCAACACUCUCAUCUGCCGUGGGGUGUCACCAAGGAUGGCAAAAAGUAUAAGUUCAAUACUGCAGAAGAAGCGGAGUACCCUCCUGUCUUGUGCGAGCGGAUAGCAGCUGCCACCUCAGAGGCAGCCUUGCAUGCAGGUGUUCAGGAAGUGGUACCUCUGCCGAAAGCCCCUUCUCGACCAGCCCCUUCAAAGAUGGCUGCUGCCGGUCGACAGCCACGUGGAAACCGCCUGCCAGAGGUGAUUUCCGAAUACAAGAGUACCUUCACCGUGACUUGGCCUUUUGCCAAGCCUCUCAAACUGCCACGGCUGUUAUCCUCUGAGGAAGCAGCCUUCUUUGGCGUGCCCGCUCACACCAAAGCCCUCACAUGUGAAAAGCGGCAAGGAGCUGAUGAUGAGGGCCAGAACCCAAUGAAGUUGUGUGCGAAGCUCGCCAUCCUGAGGACAGAGGCGGAAUUCGUGGAAGAGGCACUGAAGUUGAGUCACCCGUUUGACUCUUCGGAAGCGGUGACAGACGACAUCAAGAUGUACAUCUUUGAAGUCCUCACUGAAGGGCCAGCGGCAAUGGCAACCAAGCGGCAGAAAGCCUUGGAAUACUAUGCCAAAAGAGCUGUAGAACUUCAAGAAGAAGAGGAAAAGCUGCACGCCCAGUUGCCGGCAAAUAGAAGAGUCUUGGUUGAGGACAAGAGAGUCCUUCUUUUGGCCGAGAUGUGCCGUGAUGCUGGUGUCCACGAUGAUGGUUUAGCAGACUUGCAACUGUCGGGAGCCCCCUUGACAGGGAUUUCAGGUGCAACAGGCCUUUUCUCUCCUGUUGAACAACAACCUCCUGCCAUGGAUGACACCCAGCUCAUGAAAUCCUCGAGAUGGAGUAGGAAGAUGGUUGCAGCGAAGGAUUCAGGUGUAGCAGAUGUCAGGCUGGAGGAGGAGGUGUGGAACAUCACCAUGGACGAGGUGAAAAGAGGAUGGCUCCAAGGGACCUUGACAGAGCCCCAAGUGCGAAAAGAACUAGGGCCACUUUAUGUGGUGUCACCGAGGUUCGGCUUGAGGCAGUCGGACAAAACUAGACCCAUAGAUGAUAUGUCGAUCAGCUUGGUGAACUCGAGCUUCUCGGCAAGCUACCUUUUGGAAUUGGAUGGAGUCGAUGGAGUGGCAGUUCUGGCAAGGACAUUCGCAGGUGCAGUGGAUGACAGUGGUACUGUUCGCUUAGCGCUCAGUGAUGGCCAAGUCAUAGAAGGCGAGCUUCAUCCUUCCCUGAACUUGGAUGAGGCCAGGAGAAUUCUUGGUCGCACCUUGGACCUGGACUCGGCCUACAAGCAACUGCUUGUGCGUCAGUCAUCGCUAUGGGCAAGCGUCUUGCAGAUGAUUGGUGCUCGCUUAUUUUCACUUGCCUGGGUGUGUUAUUUCGAUGACUUCACGCAGUUUGAUUUGGCGGCCAUGGGUGACUCUUCGCAAAUGACGGCGGAGAAGUUUUUGGAUUUGGUGGGCUGGAAAUACUCCGUAAAAGAAGCAAAACGAAAGCCUAUGUCUCCCAUUUUCUCGGUGCUAGGAGUGGAUGUGGAUCUGAGUGCCAGCAAGUCUGGCUUGGUUUUAGUGCGCAACAAAGAGUCGAGAGUUAACCAGAUUCAGCUUGAAAUCUCAGAGAUUGUAAGCUCCAGAGCCUUCAGCUCCUCUACUGCCUCGUCUUUGCGUGGUCGAUUGCAGUUUUCUGAAAGCCAGACUUUUGGGAGAGCUAUCAGCUUGUUCAUGCGCUCUUGCAACUCCAGAGCCACCGGGGCCAAGCCGGGCUCAAACUUGGAUGAUGACAUGAUGAAGGAGCUCCAAUGGGCGAAGGGCUUCAUAGCAGAAGAUUGUCCACGAAUCCUGAAAGUUGACCAAAGCAGUGUCAGAGUAGUUAUCUUCACAGAUGCGUGCCUGGAAGACAACGACAGGACGGCUGGCAUUGGCAUGGUUGCCAUGGUGUGUCGUGAUGGCAUUCCUACCAAAAAGUUCUUCCUCUCAGAGCGUGUGCCCAAGGAAGUGUUGGAAAAGCUUCAAGUGAACACGCCGAAAGUGAUUGCUGGCCUGGAGCUUUUAGCUGCAGUGAUGGCAGUUGAUAUACUCAAAGAUUUCUUGGUAGCAAGGCGUGCCUUUCUUUUCAUCGACAAUGAAGCUGCGAGAGCUAGCCUUAUUUCCAUGUGGUCACCUAUCUUCACUCAUGCUCGAAUGCUUCAACAUCUUUGGGAGUUAGUGAGAAGCAAGUCGAUCUUCAUGUGGACGUCGCGCGUGCCGUCGCUGUCAAAUGUGGCUGACAAACCAUCGCGUUUCGAAAUUGUACAGCUUGUGGAGGAUCGGAUGGAUGAGCUCGUCUCCAUACUCAAGCGACAGCCCUGUGCGGAGGGCUUCGAUGAGAUCCUGAUGCCGGGGGAACGCGAAAGCCGAGAAGAGGAGCGAAGAAAAGUGGACGGGGUGCCAUUGCAGGAGGAUGUAGUGGCCUCGCUCGAAGAGGAAGCCCAAAAGACGGGUGGUUGGCCGAGUUUUAAACUCGGGAUUUGGGGAGGUCAAGGACUGUUGGCCAUUGCAGUCGCUGCUUGGCUUGUCGCUAGCAGCUUGAGGGAGACUUUUGCCUUGGGGCAGUCCAGAACUGUCCGCGAGCCAACCUUGUCCGCGAGGCGUAUCUCCGUCACGGGGGAGCACAAGGAGAUCAUCCGAGACUCGGAAGAGUGGAAGGAAUCCUCCAUGAACAAGUGGUGGUGGCAGAAGGAAGGCUACUUGACUCCCCGUGGAUACCGUGCCAACCCCAAUUGGAACAUGGAAGACUACAAGCGAGCUUGCAACGAGGCCAGAUAUGGUGCCAUCGAGCGAGUGCUCAUCAAUGAGUUGAAAGCAAAGGGCAUGACAAUCGAAGAGAUCCGACAGAAGGCCAGUGUCUACGAAUUCGUAGAGGGCGUGGGCCAGCCCAAGUUGACCAAGAAGAUGCAGUUCCUUUUGCAGGUGAAGUACCUGUACGAAGGUCGUGAGGGCGAACUCAUUGACUUGAACGACGAGAUCGAAAAGUUGCCACCCUCCUACAGCUACUCGGGCGAGCCGGGUGCCGACAUCUUCCGCGACUGGGACUGGGAGGGCAUCGCCCGCUGA